AUGCAGAUGAAAAUCCCUCACAGUCUUGUUGUCUUGGUCGUAUCCCUUGGCAUCUUUGCCACGGCGAGCCCAACUGGCACCAUUGCUCCUGUUGGAUGUACCGAGCGGAUUGAAGUUCCUGUUGAGGUCGUCAAGACAUGCCCUCAGCCAGAAAUCAUCAGUAUCAAGACUGUCUACCGGACCGUUAAGGAGAUUGUUCCUGAUUGCGCUUGCACUGAUGAUUUCACGGAUUUUGCCAAUGUCCAGCUCAUUGCCGAUACCGCAUGCCGCAACGGACUUAUCUUCUCCCCCGACGGAAAGACUAAGAAGAGGGGAAUCUUUGAGCGUUCCCCAGCUUGCCAAAGCUUCUCUAUUGUGGAGGACCCUAGCCUUGCUUUGAGAAAGCGAUAUGAAGGUAAUGAUUGCCAAGAUGGAUGUGACCGUGGAGAUCUUACAGGUCACAUCCACGACAAGUUCGAUCAAGUCAAGAACACCUUCAAGCACAAUCUUAACCAGAACAUCAACAAUAAUGAUAACACCGAUCUAGAUGAUAGCCAAGUCACUGGUGGCGGCAAUGGCGGGUUCGGUGGGUUCGGCGGAUUCAAGGCGAAGCGUCAAUUCGGCUUUGGUGGUUUCGGAGGCUUCGAUGACGGCGGCGCCUUCGAUAACAACGACAACCAGAACAUCAACCAGAACGUCAAUGCCAACCAGAACCUGAUGGCCAACCUCGGAAGGUUCAACAGCUUCUUUGGUACCGGUGGUGAUGGAGGUGCAAUUGGAAGCGGCGGCGCUGCCGCUGCGGCUGGCCUCAGAGGGUUGGCCUUUGGCAUCAACGACAACACCGACUUCAAUGUCAACAACAAUGUUGCUUUUGAAGACGAUACCUUCUUCAAGAAGAUGAAGCGUAAUGCUCAGUUUGGGUUCGGGGGCUUUGGCGGUGGCGAUGGCGAUUUUGAUGACAACGAGAACCAGAACAUUAACCAAAACAUCAACAACAACCAAAACCUAAACGAGGACUUCUUCAGUGGAGUCUUCGGAGGUGGAGAUGAUGGAUUCGGGUUCGACGGUGUCGGUAUUGUUCCUUUCUUCCCCGGCUUCAUCGGAGGCUUUGGGGGAUUCGGUGGAUACGGCGGAUUCGGCGACGGCUUUGGCGGGUUUGGCGGGUUCGAGGAUGUAGCCAUGAACGAGAACCUCAACUUCAAUCCUGAUACAAACAUUGAGACGUUUGGCUCUGGAAAUGGUGGUCUGUACAAGCGGUGCGACUCAGGAAACUGUGGUUAUGGAAAUAGCAACGUAAACUACAACUCCAACACCAACUACAACACCAAUGAGGAGGUUGUGGCUGUUCCCCAGUUCGAGACAAUCAUUGAGACUGUCCCUGUAGUGGAGACCGUCCCAGUCGUCGAAACCGUCUAUCAGCCCGUGGUUGAGUAUCAGACUGUCGAGGUCAUUGAAAAGGUGCCCGUCGUCGAGCAAGUCUACGAGCCAGUGACCGUUGUUGAGCAGAUUGCUGUCCCUGCUUGCACCACCGUCGAGUGCGUCCAGGCUAGCAAGAAGACCGUCGUCACUGAGGUUUUCGAGACCGUUCCCCAGCCCGUUGUCGAGGUCGUCGAGGUUGCCCAACCCGUUGUAGAGGUCGUCGAGGUUGCCCAACCCGUUGUAGAGGUCGUUGAGGUUGCCCAGCCCGUUGUCGAGGUUGCCAAGCCUGUUGUUGAGUACUCUGUUGUCUUCUACCCUGUUGCAGGAUGUGGUGUGCCCAACCGCCCAUCUUACACAUACGGAAGCUGCCACAAAUAG